AUGGCCUUCCUUUCCCGACUGGAUCUUCACGAAUGCCUCCAAACCCUGUCUGUUUUGCAGUGGCUCCCCGUCUACGUAUUUUUAGUUGGGGAGCCCCUGCCAAUCCCUAGGAUUAAGAAGCCAAACAAGAAGAUAGUGGACAAGUACCAUGCACUCUACAUCAGUGCCCUGCGCAAGCUGUUUGACCAGCACAAAGUUCAGCUCCUGACCAUCAUGCCUUAUUUCAAACAGCCUAAGCACCUCCAGAGUCUGAUGCUUCUGCAAUGGCCCUUGAGCUACCUUGCCAUGUUUUGGAUCUUGCAGCCAUUUUUCAUUUACCUGCUAUUUACAUCCUUGUGGCCACUACCAGUGCUUUACUUUGUCUGGUUUUCCCUGGACUGGAAGACCCCAGAGCAAGGUGGAAGGCGUUCAGCUUGGGUAAGGAACUGGUGUGCUUGGACCCAUAUCAAGGACUAUUUCCCCAUUACGAUCCAGAAGACAAAAGAUCUGUCACCUGAGCACAACUACCUCAUGGGAGUUCACCCUCAUGGCCUUUUGACCUUUGGAGCCUUCUGCAAUUUCUGCACUGAGGCCACAGGCUUCUCAAAGAUCUUCCCAGGCAUCACUCCCCACUUAGCCACACUGUCUUGGUUCUUCAAGAUCCCAUUUGUUAGGGAGUACCUCAUGGCCAAAGGUGUAUGCUCUGUGAGUCAGCCAGCCAUUGACUACCUGCUAAGCCAUGGCACUGGCAACCUCGUGGGCAUCGUAGUAGGAGGGGUGGGAGAGGCCCUACAAAGUGUGCCCAACACCACCACCCUCAUCCUCCGGAAGCGCAAGGGAUUUGUGCGCACAGCCCUCCAGCAUGGGGCUCAUCUGGUCCCCACAUUCACUUUUGGAGAAACUGAGGUAUAUGAUCAGGUGCUAUUCCAUAAGGACAGCUGGAUGCACAAGUUCCAGAGCUGCUUCCGCAGUAUCUUUGGUUUCUAUUUUUGUGUCUUCUAUGGACGAGGCUUCCGCCAAGGCUCCACCGGGCUCCUGCCAUACUCGCUGCCUAUCGUCACUGUGGUUGGGGAGCCUCUACCACUGCCUAAAGUAGAAAAACCAAGCCAGGAAAUGGUGGGAAAAUACCACACACUCUAUAUGGAUGCCCUGUGCAAACUGUUUGACCAGCAUAAGACCCAGUAUGGCUGUUCAGAGAACCAAAAGCUGCUUUUCCUGUGA